AUGGACGGCACUAAAGUCAAAAAUUGGACGCUGAGCUCUUCUUCUGUAAUUUACAAAGCCGACUCAAAAGAAGGUACCCAAUCAAUAAAGAUCACUGGGACUACAAAAAUUGAAUCAGUUGACCAGAACAUACCCUUUGAGGAAGGUUUUCAAUACCAACUCUGUUGCUAUGCAAAACUUACAAAUAACACAAAAGCUUUCUUCCAAUUUUCCAUUGAAGAAAGAGCUGAUGGUAAGUAUGUGACUGGGUACUAUAGUCAGGCGUACAGCCGAAGCAAUGGGUGGGAACAGUUUUGCUUUAAAACACCUGAAAUAAAAAACAGCAGUCACACAUUUGAUGCCAUGUUUUAUGUUCACAAAGACACGUCAGGCGUUGUAUUAAUAGACAGUGUCUCUGCAACAAAAGUAGUAGCUUGGCUUGAGAACGUUGAAGUAAACAGUUAUAGACAAGAAAUAGAAGACUCCCAGAAGAACUUUGAAGUGUUCAUUAAACACAACGCUUCAACAGAAAUUAAAUAUACUAACUUUAAAAUGACUGUAAACAUAUUAAAAAACAAUGUUAUAAAGAAGACAAAGACUCUUGACGUGACUUCACAACUUAUUUCUUGCACUUUUUAUAACGAAUUUACAGAGAAGGGGAUAUAUGUUGUUGUCGCCGAGUUGUUAUAUAUACCAGACAAUACAAAAGAGCUUGUCAAAACUCAAUUCAAUCGAGUCAGCGAUAAGCAAAGGAAAUACAAAUUUGAUAAAUACGGAAGGGUCUAUGAAAAUGGCAAACUGACGUUACCCAUUGGGAUGUACUUUUCUGUUAUCACAGAAGAAGAAAUGGAUUUAAUGAACAAAACUCAUAUAACUAUCAUGUUACCUUACAAUAAGCCAAACAUUGCAAUGUUAGACACAAUGAACACUAAAUAUGGUGAAAACCUCAAAGCUGUCAUUUCUGUGAAAGAUUUGUACUCUUACGAUUUAGCCACUUGUAAUAAAGUCAGAGACUAUCCCAACACUGAGUACAAAACACUUCUCAACUACUUGGAGAUGUACAAAAACCAUCCAAAUGUCUUUGCGUGGUAUGUCGACGAUGAAACACCUGAAUGUGGACUUGAUGAAAUGAUUAACUUGACUAUGACUGUCAGAGAUAAAGACCCAAAUCAUCCAUGUUACUCAGUCUAUUUCCAGUACUCUAAGACGGUGACCUUUUUGCCUGCUUUCGAUGCUUAUGGAAUGGACAUAUACCCAGUAAAUCAGUCCACUGUAUACUCAGUCUACUUCGCACAGAAGUACAUAAAUGAUGCAACUAUGGGAAGACGUUCAACAUGGCCAGCAAUUCAAGUGUUGAAUAACCAGGCGUACGAAAAGCAAAAUGCAAAAUACCGCGCUCCAACACUUCAAGAACUCCGAGCGAUGAAUUGGCUGAGUUUCAUCGGAGGCGCAAAAGGCGUCUUCUAUUAUUCAUACUUUGAUUUGAUACGAAUGAACAGCACUGAUCCUUUUGAAGAAAGAUGGAAAGACAUUGUCCAAUCAAGUGAUGAAGUCUACAAUCUUCAAAACGUCAUUCUUUCAAUUGAAGAGCCCUCAAUUUAUAGUGUUGAAGUUGAAACAGACAAAGUCGUCUUUACAAAACGGAGAGUUGGCAACGACGAUUACUUUAUCGUUUGUAACGCAGACGAAAAAAGUGAGAGAACAGCAACAAUACAGCUUAUAGGAAAUGGCUACCAGAAGGUAAUGGGAAUAGGACAUGAAGAGAGUGUAGAUGGAAAAUUAAUUAUUCACUUGAAACCAGUCGAUGUCUUCAUUAUCAAAUUCGAGUCUUCUGCCAAUCAAGCAGAUUCGUCUCUAGUUCAACUUGUGGUUCUCCUCAGUAUAUUGCUCAUUGUAGCUUUUUAA